CGCGCCGGGCCCGCCAGCCCCGCCCUGCUGCCGGCAUGAGGGCCGCGGGCGACGGCGGCCUGGAGCGCUUCUGCAGCCCGGGCAAGGGCCGGGGGCUGCGGGCCCUGCAGCCCUUCCACGUGGGGGACUUGCUCUUCUCCUGCCCGGCCUACGCCUACGUGCUCACGGUCAACGAGCGGGGCAACCACUGCGAGUACUGCUUCGCCAGGAAAGAAGGAUUGUCCAAAUGUGGAAGAUGCAAGCAGGCAUUUUACUGCAAUGUGGAGUGUCAGAAAGAAGAUUGGCCCAUGCACAAGCUGGAAUGUUCUCCCAUGGUUGUUUUUGGGGAAAACUGGAAUCCCUCAGAGACUGUAAGGCUCACCGCAAGGAUUCUGGCCAAACAGAAGAUCCAUCCAGAGCGAACACCUUCCGAGAAGUUGUUAGCUGUGAAGGAGUUUGAGUCACAUCUGGAGAAAUUAGACAAUGAGAAGAGGGACUUGAUUCAGAGUGACGUUGCCGCACUUCAUCACUUUUACUCCAAGCACCUGGAGUUCCCUGACACGGACAGCCUGGUGGUCCUCUUUGCACAGGUUAACUGUAAUGGCUUCACAAUUGAAGAUGAAGAGCUUUCUCAUUUGGGAUCAGCAAUAUUUCCCGACGUUGCACUGAUGAAUCACAGCUGUUGCCCCAAUGUCAUUGUGACCUACAAGGGGACCCUGGCAGAAGUAAGAGCUGUACAGGAGAUCAGCCCGGGAGAGGAGGUGUUCACCAGCUACAUUGAUCUCCUGUACCCAACAGAAGAUAGGAAUGACCGGUUAAGAGACUCUUACUUCUUUACCUGCCAGUGCCGGGAGUGCACCACCAAAGACAAGGAUAAGGCCAAGGUGGAAAUUCGGAAGCUCAGCGAUCCCCCAAAGGCAGAAACCAUCCGUGAGAUGGUCCGAUAUGCGCGCAACGUCAUCGAGGAGUUCCGGAGGGCCAAGCACUACAAAUCCCCUAGUGAGCUGCUGGAGAUCUGCGAGCUCAGCCAGGAGAAGAUGGGCUCCGUGUUUGAGGACAGCAACGUGUACAUGCUGCACAUGAUGUACCAGGCCAUGGGCGUCUGCCUGUACAUGCAGGAUUGGGAAGGAGCCCUCCGAUACGGACAGAAAAUCAUUAAGCCCUACAGCAAGCACUACCCUCUGUACUCGCUCAACGUGGCCUCCAUGUGGCUGAAGCUGGGGAGGCUAUACAUGGGCCUGGAAGACAAAGCUGCUGGGGAGAAAGCCCUGAAGAAGGCCAUCGCCAUCAUGGAAGUGGCCCACGGCAAAGAUCACCCGUACAUUUCUGAGAUCAAACAGGAGAUUGGAAGCCACUGAAAACACGACAACUUGGUCGUUUUUAUUUAAAUGCUAAUGCAGAAGCCUUCCAGGAUUUGAAUAUUUCCAGUCCUAUACACGACUCCUGCAUUUCUGUAAAAUCGCUGAAAUGAAAUCGCUACUCGCACUUAAGCCUCCCACGUGGCUUACCUGGAAGUUGGUCUUCACCUUUCCUCUUAGGACCCAAAUAAUCUCGGAAUGCUUUUGUUGCCCUAAGAGAUAGUGGCAUGGUUUCGUAUGUUAUCACAGAUUCUGGACAGAGUUUAAAAAAAAUAUGAUUAUUUUUCCCUUCAUGCCUAUUACGAUGUUCUGAACACACCGGAAUGAUGAGGGAGAAUAAAAAAGGUAACGGUA